GAUCGCGAGCGUCUUCAGCACGAAUGCUCCGCUCUUGAGGCCGAGGUAGCUGCUCUUGAAGCCCAACUGGCAAACGAGGCCGCCUCCACCAGUUUGGUCGACCAGGAAAGCAUAAUCGCGGCCGCCUGCACAGAGCCUGAGCCUGACAUGCCGAUCCCAGACGAAACUACGGCUUUUUGUUCAGACAAACCUAUCUCCGAUGUUGCACCAAGCAUAUCAAAACUCUCCAGGAGAGGCAAGCCACUGAGACAACCUGACGACAUUUCCUCAAGCAAGGGAACGGAAGUAAUUUGCGUUGCGACACCUCGCAGACGAAAGCCUGGCCGACCGCCUCGGUCUUCUGCUUCCUCUGCCUCACAAACAUCAUCUCUCGUUAACCCUUGCCCUCUGGCCAAUAGUGAGCAAAUGGCGAAGCCCAAGUUGACUAUCACAGCUGCUCCGGGACUUCCUGAUGGCGCUUCUCCAUUGUCACAGUCAUCGAAAUCAAUUAAACCUCUAGGUUCUGAGAUCGUCUUAGUUUCUCGCCUCCAACCCAUUCAACAGGACAAUGAAUUCAUCUUAAUCCCCGAUACGGAAGACAUGGACGAGGCCAGUGAGCAGCGAUCACUGGAAUAUAGCCCUAAUCCAGUUGUUUCCAAUUCAAACGACCAUACUCCAACAGGAUAUAAUGAUGAAACGAUUGAGAUGGUGGGUUUACAAAUAACUUUAAAGUGA